AGCAACCACGCGGCUGGGGUGCGCCGGGAAGGGAGCUGGAUGUUUUAGCCUCGGGGCGCACGCUGCGGGCCCUUCGUGUUCCGGACGCUAAACACCGAGAGCACCCCGGGCUCCGGGGCCUCCGGAGAACGCUGUCCCAUGAACGUGCGGGAAGCGGCCCCCGGCGUCCGCGCGUCCCCGGCAACUCCCGGCGUCCCAACGGCUUCCCGCUGGCAGCCCCGAAGCCGCACUAUGUUCCGCCUCUGGUUGCUGCUGGCCUGGCUCUGCGGCCUCCUGGCGUCAAGACCCGGUUUUCAAAAUUCACUGCUACAAAUCGUAAUUCCAGAGAAAAUCCAAACAAAUACAAAUGACAGUUCAGAAAUAGAAUAUGAACAAAUAUCCUAUAUUAUUCCAAUAGAUGAGAAACUGUACACUGUGCACCUUAAACAAAGAUAUUUUUUAGCAGAUAAUUUUAUGAUUUAUUUGUACAAUCAAGGAUCCAUGAAUGCUCAUUCUUCAGAUAUUCAGACUCAAUGCUACUAUCAAGGAAAUAUUGAAGGAUAUCCAGAUUCCAUGGUCACACUCAGCAUGUGCUCUGGACUAAGAGGAAUACUGCAAUUUGAAAAUGUUUCUUAUGGAAUUGAGCCUCUGGAAUCUGCAGUUGAAUUUCAGCAUGUUCUUUACAAAUUAAAGAAUGAAGACAAUGAUAUUGCAAUUUUUAUUGACAGAAGGCUGGAAGAACAACCAAUGGAUGACAACAUUUUUAAAAGUGAAAAAUCAGAACCAGCUGUUCCAGAUUUAUUUCCUCUUUAUCUAGAAAUGCAUAUUGUGGUGGACAAAACUUUGUAUGAUUACUGGGGCUCUGAUAGCAUGAUAGUAACAAAUAAAGUCAUCGAAAUUGUUGGCCUUGCAAAUUCAAUGUUCACUCAAUUUAAAGUUACUAUUGUGCUGUCAUCAUUGGAGUUAUGGUCAGAUGAAAAUAAGAUUUCUACAGUUGGUGAGGCAGAUGAAUUAUUGCAAAAAUUUUUAGAAUGGAAACAAUCUUAUCUUAACCUAAGGCCUCAUGAUAUUGCAUAUCUACUAAUUUAUAUGGAUUAUCCUGAUUAUUUGGGAGCAGUGUUUCCUGGAACAAUGUGUAUUACUCGUUAUUCUGCAGGAGUUGCAUUGGGGCUCUCUUAUUGGUGGAGAGAGCUUCCUCUGCUGGCAAGGGAAGUAAAGAGAUGUUAUUCCAAUUGUUCGCCUCCCAAGUUUCAGAUUCUAAUGCUUUUCCCACCAAAUCUGUACCCCAAGGAGAUAACUCUGGAGGCAUUUUCAGUUAUUGUCACCCAGAUGCUGGCACUCAGUCUGGGAAUAUCAUAUGAUGACCCAAAGAAAUGUCAAUGUUCAGAAUCCACCUGUAUAAUGAAUCCAGAAGCUGUGCAAUCCAAUGGUGUGAAGACUUUUAGCAGUUGCAGUUUGAGGAGCUUUCAAAAUUUCAUUUCAAAUGUGCGUGUCAAAUGUCUUCAGAAUAAGCCACAAAUGCAAAAAAAAUCUCCGAAACCGGUCUGUGGCAAUGGCAGAUUGGAGGGAAAUGAAAUCUGUGAUUGUGGUACUGAGGCUCAAUGUGGACCUGAUAGCUGUUGUGAUUUUCGAACUUGUGUACUGAAAGACGGAGCAAAAUGUUAUAAAGGACUGUGCUGCAAAGACUGUCAAAUUUUACAAUCAGGCAUUGAAUGUAGGCCGAAAGCACAUCCUGAAUGUGACAUCGCUGAAAAUUGUAAUGGAAGCUCACCAGAAUGUGGUCCUGACAUAACUUUAAUCAAUGGACUUUCAUGCAAAAAUAAUAAGUUUAUUUGUUAUGAUGGAGACUGCCAUGAUCUCGAUGCACGUUGUGAAAGUGUAUUUGGAAAAGGUUCAAGAAAUGCUCCAUUUGCCUGCUAUGAAGAAAUACAAUCUCAAUCAGACAGAUUUGGGAACUGUGGUAGGGAUAGAAAUAACAAAUAUGUGUUCUGUGGAUGGAGGAAUCUUAUAUGUGGAAGAUUAGUUUGUACCUACCCUACUCGAAAGCCUUUCCGUCAAGAAAAUGGUGAUGUGAUUUAUGCUUUCGUACGAGAUUCUGUAUGCAUAACUGUAGACUACAAAUUGCCUCGAACAGUUCCAGAUCCACUGGCUGUCAAAAAUGGCUCUCAGUGUGAUAUUGGGAGGGUUUGUGUAAAUCGUGAAUGUGUAGAAUCAAGGAUAAUUAAGGCUUCAGCACAUGUCUGUUCACAACAGUGUUCUGGACAUGGAGUGUGUGAUUCCAGAAACAAGUGCCAUUGUUCGCCAGGCUAUAAUCCUCCAAACUGCCAAACACGUUCCAAAGGAUUUUCCAUAUUUCCUGAGGAAGAUAUGGGUUCAAUCAUGGAAAGAGCAUCUGGGAAGACUGAAAACACCUGGCUUCUAGGUUUCCUCAUUGCUCUUCCUAUUCUCAUUGUAACAACUGCAAUAGUUUUGGCAAGGAAACAGUUGAAAAAGUGGUUCGCCAAGGAAGAGGAAUUCCCAAGUAGCGAAUCUAAAUCGGAAGGUAGCACACAGACAUAUGCCAGCCAAUCCAGCUCAGAAGGCAGCACUCAGACAUAUGCCAGCCAAUCCAAAUCAGAAGAUAGUGCUGAAGCAUAUACUAGCAGAUCCAAAUCACAGGAAAGUACCCAAACACAAAGCAGUAGACAGUCUUGCUUUGUCGACCAGGCUGGAGUGCAAUGGUGCGAUCUCAGCUCACUGCAACCUCAGCCUCCUGCGUUCAAGCGAUUCUCCUGCCUCAGCCUCCUAAGUAGCUGGGAUUACAGGCAUGAGCCACCAUGCCCGCCUAAUUUUUGUAUUUUUAAUAGAGACAGGGUUUCGCCAUGUUGGCCAGGCUGGUCUUGAACUCCUAACCUCAGGUGAUCUGCCCCCCUCAGCCUCCCAAAGUCCUGGGAUUACAGGCGUGAACCAUCAUGUCCAGGCUAAAUGACCUAGCUUUAAAUGACCAAUCUUUACUAAUCUUGUUACUAAUGAGUAUUUAAAUAACUUAGUCUGUUUUUUUUUUCAGUUUAGUAAAGUUCUCUUAAGUUUAUUGAGAACUUGCUUUUGUUGUUAGGAUAGAAUUAAAGAGUUGUACCUAACAAGAUGUAAGAUCUGUAAAUUUGUUUAUAAAACAAAUCUGUAAUCAGGACCAUUUUAUUCAUUAGGCAGCAUAGCCUACAAUGCUUCAGGUCUAUGAAUUUUCAAAGACCAAAAGGCCAAAAUACUGUUACACACACACACACUACACACACACACAUAUUGGCUGCAAGGUAUGAAAAAGGAAAAUUAAUGUGAACUUAAAUUUCUAAAAAAGUAAAGACAUUAACUUAAUUGUUAAAUUCAUAAACAUCUCAUUUUAUAUGAAAAAAUUUUAAUUUUUUCAUUUGUAAGUACUUCUGAUUAAAUAUGAUGAUUCCUCAGAAAUCAAAGAAAAGCAUAAAGUAAAUAAGUGGCUCAUGGUCAAAUAAUUUCACAGGCAAAAUUGUAAACAUCCUUUCAAUAAUUCUUUUUCUCGUGCCACAUGAAUUUUCCACUUGGCAGUACCCCAGUUGCUUGUACAGUGGGAGGGAGUUUGCUGUCUGUACUUUGAGCACGAGUGUUUUGUUCUCUUCCACAGUAACUAGUGAUUCCUUCAGAAGGCAACGGAUAACAUCGAGAGUCUCGCUAAGAAAUGAAAAUUCUGUCUGUCCUUCCGUGGUCACAGCUGAAAGAAACAAUAAAUUGAGUGUGGAUCAAUUUGCA